CGAGCAUGCGCGAGCUUGUACAAUUUCCGUUUGCGUCCUUCUUCCUUUUCGACCAGGCGAGGCGUGUUGGGUGCCUGGUUCGUCUCAUGCGUGAAAGGUUGUAAAAGGAUCGCGAGAUGUCGUUAUCAACGGCGCGACCGCUUGUUACUGUGUAUACCGAUAAAAAUGAAUCAUCGGGGGAUACUAUUUCUUUACCUGCUGUAUUUAAAGCACCAAUUCGGCCAGACGUUGUGAACUUUGUUCAUCAACAAGUAUCGAAGAAUAGUAGACAGCCAUAUUGCGUAUCCAAGGAGGCCGGUCAUCAAACCUCCGCGGAAUCAUGGGGUACUGGUCGUGCGGUAGCACGUAUCCCUCGUGUACGAGGCGGUGGUACUCACCGCUCUGGACAAGGUGCGUUCGGCAACAUGUGUAGAGGUGGACGAAUGUUUGCCCCGACGAAACCUUGGCGACGUUGGCAUCGUAAAAUUAACGUUAACCAAAAAAGAUACGCUCUAGUUUCUGCUAUUGCUGCAUCCGGCGUCCCGGCUCUUGUACAAUCUAAAGGUCAUAUGAUCCAAGAAGUUCCAGAAUUUCCUUUGGUAGUAUCGGACAAAAUUCAAGAAUAUAACAAAACUAAACAUGCCGUUAUAUUUUUGAGACGUAUCAAGGCGUGGAACGAUAUCCAAAAAGUAUACAAGUCGCAACGUUUCCGUGCAGGUAAGGGUAAAAUGCGUAAUCGCAGACGCAUUCAACGCCGAGGACCCUUGAUCGUGUACGGUCAAGAUCAGGGUAUUCGUAAGGCGUUUCGCAACAUUCCCGGUGUUGAUCUUAUGAACAUCAACAAAGUGAAUCUUCUAAAGUUGGCACCUGGUGGUCAUGUCGGACGAUUCGUAAUUUGGACAAAGUCCGCUUUUGAAAAGCUGGAUGCUCUUUACGGAACCUGGCGCAAGGAAUCGAAACUUAAAGCUGGUUAUAACUUGCCCUUCCCAAAGAUGGCUAAUACGGAUUUGUCGAGACUCUUAAAAGCCGAUGAAAUUCGCAAAGUUUUGAGAGCACCAAGGAAGAGGGUGGUCCGCAGCGUGAAGAAGCUGAAUCCGUUGUCCAAUACUCGCGCGAUGUUGCGUCUGAACCCGUACGCCGCUGUGCUGAAACGUGCGGCAAUUUUGACGGCGAUGAAACGUCAACAAGAGAGGGAGAUUCUUUUAGCGGAGAAACGCGGAAUGAAGCUACCAAAGACCGCACCGGCUAUAAAAUCAAAGCUGCUGCAGGAGAGACGUAGGAAGCAGAUUAUGGUCGCGAGAACAGCGAAACCGAAAAAGUCGGGCACCGUGAAAAAACCAAGAACCAGCGUCGCGACGGCUAAACCCGCGAAAGCGAGAAAACCAACCGAGAAAGCUGCGGAACCGAAAUCGAUGAAAACAACGGAGAAAGAUGGGAAACAGAAGGCAUCGAAACCACCCGUGCCUGCCAAGAAGUAAAAACUUUUUAUCGACAACUCGUUGACCCACGAGCUUUAUUUGUUUUGAAUAAAAAAAUUGGGAUGACAACUGAUACAUUAGGGCAACCGCCUUGUAAUUGAUCUCCGACACCUUCGACGGGUAAUUUCUCCACGUAUCGACCAAUGUAACGAUAAAUAUACAUUAAAUACGU